CAACAAACCACCCACCUGCAAACCCAACCCUGUACCCAGCCAUAUUCGAGCUUGUUCAAGUCGGUCUUGAAUCAUCAUGGCUCCCAAACGAACUCGCGAUGGCGAGAGCAAAUCUUCCGAGUCACGGGCAGAUCCCGCUAUGAAGAAGCGCAAGGGCUUCAGUGUCGGCCCUGCAAACCUCCCCGAUGGCACGUAUCGGCGCAAGACACAAAAGAUCAAGUCCGACCUUAUCCAAAAGGCCAAAGUCAAGAAAGCCUACGCCAAGAUCAAAGCCCAGGAACUCGCCACCAACCACCCCAAACCAGUCUUCACCACCGCCGAAGAAGAAUCCGAAGACAAGCCCGAACCAGCUUCCUUGGAACUGCACCCCGAUCGGGUAGCAAUGAUGAACGAGCCCGAGCUGGCGCCCGAGCCUGCGCCGCGACCGGAGCGUCGCCCCCGCAAUAUGGACGGACAGCGAAGAGAGCGAAAACCGAAGCCAUCGGCAUUCUCCAGGGAGAUUGAGAUCGCAGAGCAGCGGAAACAGGCGGCGGAGGCGCGGCAACGGGAGCGGGAGGCUAGACAGAAGGAACGUGAUGCGAUGACUCGGGCGAAGCGGCCGGAUCAAUUUGGCAAGAGGCGGUUGGGGCGAGAGAGUAAUGCAUUGUUGAGUCGGGUGCAGCGGAUGGUUGGCCAGAACUGAGAAUAAAAUUGGCAGGACGGGAGAUGGAACAUCUUCUUGAGUGGAAAGAGGCCUACAUGGAAUGGCAAACUAAAAAGUUGUGAUACCCGAUUGUUACUUAUACCAUGUUCGAAAUUCAUGAA